CUCUUCCCGACGACAUUUUUCCAUAUCUCUUUAGACAAAACAGGUAUAACACUUCACGUCGCUCACAGCGCAGGACGGAAAGGAGGCAUAACCCCACCAUGCCAACCCCACUCUACAUCCUCGUCACCGGCGCAACAGGCUUUAUUGGCGCACAUGUAGUCGACGAACUUCUGCGCCGCGGCCAUCGCGUCCGCGCCGCAACACGCUCCCUCCCCAAAGGCGAGCUCAUGAAGAUAUCGCGCCCGCAGUAUGCCGCGCAGCUCGACAUCGUACAAGUACCCGAUUUCGCUACCUUGGCUUCCUUCACAGACGCCGUCCAAGGCGUCGACGGCAUCAUCCACGUCGCCAGCCCCUUCACCUAUGCCACCACCGACAACGAGAAGGAGCUCGUUAAACCCGCCAUCGCGGGAGUAAGAGCCGUACUGGAAGCCGCUGCGCAAGAAAAGACAAUAAAGAGGGUCGUUAUCACAAGUAGUUUUGCGGCAGUGCUGGAUGUAGGGCGGAGGCCGCCGCCGCGUUUCACAUACACGGCGGAGGACUGGAAUCCACUGACGUACGAGGAGGCCGUGGCGAAGGAGACGAGUGCUGUGGUCGCGUACCGCGGGUCGAAGAAGUUUGCGGAGCUGGCAGCAUGGGAGUUUGUGAGGGAGCGCAAGCCCGGAUUUGACGUGGUGACACUUUGUCCGCCGAUGACGUUUGGGCCGAUAGCGCACCCUGUUGAGCGCCUCGCUGAUCUGAACGAGAGCAAUGCGAUGCUGUGGGCGGUCGCGAGCGGGAGGGAGAUGCCUGUCGCUCGUGUGCCGUUUUGGGUUGAUGUGAGGGAUUUGGCGGUUGCGCAUGUGGAGGCGCUAUGCAGGCUUGAGGCAGGCGAGAAGAGGUUUGUGGUGGCCAGUGGGGAGAAGUUUUCGUAUGGGCUGGUGAAGACGGUCGUGGAGGAGGAGUUUGAGUGGGGCAGGGGGAGGGUCGCGAAGGGGGAGCAGGAGGUGGAUGAUAGCUAUGACUUGGAUGGAGAGACGGCGGGGAGGGUGCUGAGGGUCAGGUAUAGGCGGUUCCGGGAUACGGUAAGGGACUUUGUGGAGCAGGCUGUGAAAAUGGAGGAGAGGGAGAAGAGCUGA